AUGGUGGUGUUAUCCUUGUAUAUGUUAACCUUUGAAAUAGAAGAUUCUGAUUGUUUUCUUAAUAUUAAACAUGCAAAACAUAUCAUUGGUGGAAAAUACUUAAAACAAGAUGGUACUGAAUAUGAAGCUAAUAGUAAAUUUAAAUUAGAUGACAAUUUUGUUGUAUUCUUAUUCUCUCCAAUUGAAGUGACAAAAAAUGGAUCAUUAAUAAAUCAAAUAGAAAACGUUGGCAGAUCAAGCAUAAUUAAAUCAUGUGUUAGUUAUUCUUUAGAUGAAAAUGGCCCAACAAUUUAUUCUGGAUGUCAUACAAGAUAUACAUGUGGGGGAUGAUUCGAAGCUGUUAGAAAUUUAUCUUAUCUAUAUUUGGGUUCCUUUAAAGAUAUUAAACAUCUGAUUUUUAAAGGAGAAAUUAAAAUAAAUUAUAAGAGAGCAAAAGAUGAUGAUGUAUUGUACAGAUUGGUUUCUACAACAUGUUGAAAAAGUUAUUAUUGAGGAUUUUAAGAUUAAGAUUCAAUCAGUGGAAUAUCAAGAAAUGUAUAAAAUACAAUUAAUAAACGAACUAAUAAAAUUAUCUCAAGAAAAUAAUUACAUGCUAAAUUUUAGAUCUUGACAAUGUAUGAAUGAAACCAAAACCAAUUUAAGUGAUAAAACAUUCAAGAGAAAUAUUGCAAGUUCAUAUAGAAAUAUUCAUAAUCCAUUAUUUUUAGUUGUAACUCUCCAAACAAAUGGAUUAGAAACACAAUUAAGAAAAGUUUCUGUUUUUGAUCAUUGUAAUGUAAAAAAUGUUUUAUUAGAAAUUGAUGGACAGAGAUAUCCACAAGAAUCAUUAAAUUUAGAUUGGAAAAAUGAGAAAUUUUCAUUUGCAUAUGAUAUUUAUAUGCCAUUUAAGAAAACAUUCCAUAAAACACAUUAA